AUGAAAGCCAUCAGCAGCGUGAGCUUGACUCUCGCGGCAACGCUGUUCUGUCAUGCGGUCACAGCUCUCCUGACGACUGGGGAGAACGGAACCCAUUUCACGCUGGCAAAUGACCGACUGUCCGUUGUUUUGGCCAAGUCGAACGGCCAUAUCGUCGAUGUCGCCCUCGACGGCCAGGACCUCCUCGGGCCCUUGAACGGCAACAGGGGCAAGGGACCCUAUCUCGACUGCUCAUGCACCCCCUCGGGGUUUUGGACGCCUGGGGGAACGGCCGAGUUGCAGCUCGUCAACGGCACCGACUCGUCCGGCGUCCCCUAUGCCGGCCUCAUCAUGUCGGACAGGUUCGCACCAACGAACCAGACGCUCUCGCAGUAUUUCUUUCUCCACGGCGAGGAAACGGGACUGCACGCCUUCUCUCGCCUCACCUACUUCAACGCCACACUGCCUCUUCUCCGCAGCCUGGGCGAGCUGCGGACUCUGUUCAGGCCCAACACGCCGCUCUGGACUCACUUCUCGACGAGCGAUGACAACUUCGGCCCCCUGCCCCUCGCCGACACCUUUGCCCAGGCUCUGACGGUGCAGGACGCCACCUCGUACGUCGGCGGCAGCACCAACGACCCUUACACACAGCAGUACUCGGACUACUUCACAAAAUACUCCCUGUCCGAGCCCUGGCGCAACCACGACGUGCAUGGUCAGUUCAGCGACGGCUCAACCAGCGCCGACGGCAGCACCUUUGGCGCCUGGCUCGUCCACAACACACGGGAGACGUAUUACGGCGGCCCGCUCCACUCGGAUCUGGUCGUCGACGGUAUCGUCUACAACUACAUGGUCUCCGGCCACCAUGGCGCGCCGAUGCCCAACAUCACCCACGGCUUCGACCGCACGUUUGGGCCGCAGUUCUAUUACUUCAACAAGGGGGCGCCCGGGGCCUCCGUUGGCGAGCUGAGAGCCGACGCCGCGCGGCACGCCGACCCGGAGUGGAACGCAGACUUCUACGACAGCAUCUCCCGCCACGUCCCAAACUACGUCCCAUCGACGCGCCGGACCUCGUUCGAGGGAAAGGUCGAACUUCCCAGAGGCGCCAAGCGGCCGAUCAUCGUCUUGUCCGAGAACAAGCAAGACUUCCAGCUCAACGUCUUCAAUACCGCAUCUCUCCAGUACUGGGCGGAGAUCGACGGGUGUGGCAAGUUCAAGAUCCCCCGUGUCGUGGAGGGCAAGUACAGAGUCACCGUCUACGCUGACGGGGUGUUUGGGUGGUUCAUCCAAGACGACGUCGAGAUAUCUCAGACCGCAAGCAGCCAGGCCCCGUGGACCUUCAAGUGGGACGAGGAGAGCGCAGGGCAGGAGGUCUGGCGCAUCGGCAUCCCCGACAAGUCCGCCGGCGAGUAUCGACACGGGUACGCGCCCGACGUCUCGAAGCCUUUGCAGCCGGAGCAGUACCGCAUCUACUGGGGCAAGUAUGACUUCCAGCAGGACUUUCCGGACGGCGUGCGGUUCGACGUGGGCAAGAGCCAAGAGGCGCAGGACCUCAACUACAUCCACUGGUCGUUCAUCCCCGCCAAGGGAAACCAUCUGCGGCAGGAGAAUUACUACACGAACGUGAACAACUGGACCAUCGUCUUCGACCUCGACAAGGACCAGCUAGGCCAAAGCAAGACGGCCACAUUCACAGUCCAGAUUGCCGGAACCAAGACCGCCAACGGAAACUCCAAGUGGACUGUCACGGAUCAUCCGUACAGCAACCUUCCCUGGACUGUCAACUUCAACGGGCUCUACGAGUCGACCUGGAGAAUCCCGUACUGGCGAAGCGGAUCUUGCGGCGUAAGGAGCGCCGUCGCAUGCCAGAACAUCGAGAACAAAUUCACCUUCUCGUCUUCUGCGCUAAAGGAAGGCCAGAACGAACUCACCUUGAGCCUGCCGUUCAACGCCAGCAGCGUGGAGACGGCGCUUAUGACGCCCUGA